CUGCGUGCACUACAAGCCUAGUGUGGCUGGGGCAGAUUCUUUAGGUGGAUUUAUACUCUUGAGUCUUUAAUUCCAUUUAGAAGCGAAGCAGAUAUUACCGGUGGCAAACCCCCAGCUAGGAUGGAGUUUAAAAGGCUUAUCGGCGGUCUGGUUAUCUUGUACCUUGCAUGUGCAGCGGAGGCCUGGACGGGGGAGAUCCAUGGAAGGGUCGUUUGCGAUGUGUGCGGAGACUCCUCCAUAGGGUCUGAGGAUCACCCUCUCGAAGGUGCGGAGGUGGCUGUGCUUUGCAUAACCAAGUCAAAGGAAGUACUGAAUUACCAGGCAUUUACCAACUCUAAAGGCAUUUACAAGGUCGCUGAGACAAUGCCUGAGAGUGAUCGUUGGGAUUCAUGUUUAGCAAGGCCCAUUAGCAGUUUCCAUCAGCACUGCACUGUGAGGGUUGAUGCCUAUUCUGGAGUUAAGUUCUCAUACAAUCAGCCUUCAGGAAAUUCUCAUUCCGUCAAGGCCUUUCUUUACAAGCCUGUCUCUGCUCCAGCUUACUGCAUCUAACACAUCAUUCUACAGUGGUUAUGAAUUCCUAUGUAUAAUUUAAAUGCAAAAUUUAUAAUUGCGUGUUUCAAAUAGUGCAUUAUAUGUAUGAGAAUGUUGACUAUAGUUCUUGGCGACAAGUGGCUUGACGAAGUAUGUUAAAGAAAUUAAUAUCGUACUAGAACAUGUCAAUUAUAUGUUUCAUUGUAAUGCUGGUAGAUAUUGUACUAUAUUAAACGCAGAAAAUUUUAUCAUAUUUUCAUUCUUCUGAUUGU